AUGUCCGCUGCUCCACCCUCGCCACCCCCUCACGUCUCCGCCCAGUCUUUGCCGCUGGCCCAUCGUCUCGCAGGCAAAAAAGUGCUGCUCAUUGGGGCAGGCUCUGUGGCCCACACCCGUCUGCUCAAGCUGAUCCCCACCGGAGCACGUGUCACUCUGAUCAGCGACCGUGUCAGUCCCGCCGUGCAACGUGAUUUCCUCGAUAAAGGCCUCGUCGCACGUCACGUGGCAGAGCCCUGGGACCGUGCUAAAGCCGCAGCACGUGACCCCAUGCGCGGCUACCAUCUGGUACUCAUCACGUUACCUCGUAGCAACCAGCAGCUGUCACGCGACAUCUAUGCCUUUUACAAGUGUCACCAUGGUGAACAACAACUGGUGAAUGUGGCUGAUGAACCUGGACUUUGUGAUUUUUAUUUUGGGGCCGAUCUUGUAUUGGCCUGUGAAAAGACUCCACAACAUGCGAUAACACUAAGUGUGUGUUCUGGCGGAGGCGCGCCCAGGUUUGCCGCCUUGCUUCGGGAUUAUAUCCAGGCUGUGUUGGAUCCGAUGCAAUCCACACUGUUGGCCGGGUUUGCCCAACUGAGCUCGUUAAGGGCGGCUAUCCGCGCCCUGCCUUCGCCGGAGUCGGCACGUGACAUCGGCCACCGUAUGCGCUGGGUGCGCCACGUGACCGACGCGCUGGGUCUGGCACGUGCCUCGCGCCUGGACGUUGCACGUGCUGUCGGAUUGUACAGGGACACGGAGAUUGGCGAGAAGCAGCUGCCCGGAGAGGAGGAGAUCGCGAGACUGCUCACGUGA